AGAAUUUACCCUCAAGAAUGAAGAAUAUACAGAGUGGCUCUACCUAUUUGCCACUAUGAAGAUCUGAUUCAAAGUUUUUUUCUUCUUCUUCAUUUGAGAAAGUAUAGUAAGAAUCUUAGAGAUAAAAAGAAAAUUGAGGAAAAAAACGAAAGAGAAAUAUGUCAAUGGCUGCUUUUAUUAAGCUGGAGGAUUCUCCUAUGUUUCAGAAACAAGUGAGGGGUCUUGAACAGACUACAGAUGACCUUAGAGAUCGAUGUCAAAAGCUGUAUAAAGGAUGUAAGAAGUAUAUUUCUUGGAGAAACACAGAAUGGAGACAUCAUGUUUGCCGAAUCAUUAGAGGCAUUUGGUGGUGGUCUGGACGACCCUCUCAGUGUGUCCCUUGGAGGUCCAAUCAUAAUGAAGUUUAUCUCUGCAUUGCGUGAGCUUGCUACAUACAAGGAACUUAUCCGUUCCCAAGUAGAACAUGUGCUGGUGGAUCGUGUGUGCCAGUUUUUGUCUGAUGAUUUGCGGGAUGUAAAGGAAUCCCGUCGCAGGUUUGAUAAAGCUGCAUCCACUUAUGACCAGGCACGUGAAAGGUUUUCUUCUCUGAAGAAGAAUGCACGGGAUGAAGUUGUUACUGAACUUGAAGAAGAGCUUCAUAACUCAAAGUCCACUUUUGAGAGAAGCCGUUUCAAUCUUGUAAAUGCUAUCACAAAUGUUGAUGCCAAAAAGAAGUACGAGUUCUUAGAAUCCUUUAGUGCUAUUAUGGAUGCACAUCUGAGAUACUUCAAGCUGGGUCAUGACUUAUUGAGCCAGAUGGAGCCGUUCAUCCAUCAGGUUUUGACAUAUGCCCAGCAGUCGAAAGAACAGGCCAGCAUAGAACAAGAUAAACUUGCCAAAAGAAUCCAAGAGUUUAGGACACAAGCUGAGCUGAAUCAUUUGCGGGGAUCUAGUAACCUUGGUACUUCAACUAGUUCUAUAGCCUCAAAUGGUGUUGGUAUGAAUUCAGACAAAAAUAUAGAAGCAAUUAUGCAGUCCAGUGCAGAAGGAGCGGUCCAAACAAUUAAGCAGGGAUAUCUUUUGAAAAGAUCUUCUAGUUUGAGGGCAGAUUGGAAGAGGCGGUUCUUUGUACUUGACAGUCUUGGCAAUUUGUACUAUUACAGGAUCAAGGGUGCACAGAUGGGCUCCCCAUCAUCUCACCCUUCUGGUGUUGAUAACCAUAGUAGUGUAUUUGGCAGAUUUCGGACAAAGUACAGGUCGUCAUCCGCUGGAGAGGAGAAUUUAGGCUGUCGUACUGUUGAUCUUCAUACUUCUACAAUAAAACUGGAUGCAGAGGACACAGACCUGAGGCUUUGCUUCAGAAUUAUUUCGCCAUUAAAAUCCUAUACGUUGCAGGCUGAAAGUGAAGCUGAACGAGUUGACUGGAUGAAUAAAAUCACCGGAGUGAUUGCGUCCCUUCUGAAUUCUCAUCUACAGAAGUUUGAUGCUAGUAAAAAUGACAUUGAUGGUAGCAAAAACACCUAUGCUGCUUCUUUGAAUGUUCAAGGGGCUGUUAAUGAUGAAAAAGCCCUAGCUUCCGUAAGAGUCAAUCAGCCUGAUUCUGUUUCUAAGAUUCUCAGAGAAGUUCCUGGAAAUGACAAGUGUGCUGACUGUGGUGCUUCAGAACCUGAUUGGGCUUCUCUAAAUCUUGGAAUCCUAAUUUGUAUAGAGUGCUCGGGCAUUCAUCGGAACCUAGGUGUUCAUAUUUCAAAGGUAAGGUCCAUAACGUUAGAUGUCAGGGUUUGGGAGCCUACCAUCUUGGAUCUAUUCCGCACAUUGGGUAAUUCUUAUUGUAAUUCGGUGUGGGAGGAGCUGCUUCAACUUCCAAAUGACGAAUUAACAAAUGUUGAUGCUAUUCAAUCUGCUUCCAAGCCAAGCCCCAAAGAUGCCUUUCAUGAAAAGGAGAAGUAUAUUUUGGCAAAGUAUGUUGAAAAGCAGGUUGUGAAUAAAGAAGCUUUUGCACCUUACAGCAAUCGUGCCACCCUCAUUUGGGAAGCAGUUAGGAGUAAUAAGGUGAAGGACGUGUACCAAAUUAUUGUAGUGUCAGAUGUGAAUAUAAUCAACACUAUCUAUGAUGAGGUCGAGGGUGCCACAAUGUACCAUGAAAUUCAUGAAAAUGAUUCAAAACUAGGCCUUCAGGAUUCCCAAAAGAAACAUCAAAACCCAGCAGCCUGUCAGGGAAUCAAGCUUUGCCUUCAAGGCUGUUCUUUGUUACAUCUAGCCUGCAAUGGGGAAACUCCGGUGAUGCUUGAACUUCUUCUGCAAUUUGGUUCUGAUAUAAAUAGGCGUGAUUUUCAUGGAAGGACUCCUCUACAACAUUGCAUCGGCAAUGGAAGACACCACUUGGCUAAAUUUUUGCUUAGAAGAGGUGCUCGUGCAUCAAUCAAGGAUUAUGGUGGACUCAGCGCCCUGGACAGGGCUAUGGAGAUGGGUGCAAUCAAAGAUGAGGAGUUAUUUAUCCUGCUUACUAAGAGUGAGUGAAAUGGGACAGGUGCUUUUAACUGGUAGCUCUACAAGCUUCCAUCUUCAUUUUUUAAAGCAUGAUGUUCUAUAAAUGCUUACCAUCUCUCCUCUAACGCGUUGAAACUUAAUUCGUCUCUCCCCCUUUCCCUUUCUCCGGAUUCCCUUGUUGACGUUGCGUGAAGUUCCUGAAAGAAUCAAGAAUCAGUGCACAGGCUUACCAAUACUUUGACAUUCAUAUUUUUUUUAAACCACUGUAAUGUUAAGAGUACAAUUUGUAAAAGUUUAAUGAUCAGGUAUAGCAAAUCUGCAUAUUCUGAUGUAUUAAUCAAAAAAGUUAUUGGAGUUGUAGGUUGUUAA